UUGAUGUGGUGGAAAAUGUUUUUUCUUUUAACUUCAUAUAUUUGGUGUUGGUAGCAAUGAUCGGCAUACAACCAUGAGAGCAGUUACAAAUUCCUUUUUUGGAUUUCUUUUUGUCAUCGUAGCCACCAUUAUUAGCACUUGUGAUGGGAAUUCCAAUGUGCUUUGCAUUGAAAGUGAGAGGCAAGCCCUUUUGAAGUUCAAGCAAAACCUCAUUGAUCGAUCAAAUAGGCUAUCUUCUUGGGUUGAAGGUGAGGAUUGCUGUGAAUGGGUUGGUGUUUUCUGCAAUAAUUUCACUGGCCAUGUCAAAGAGCUGCACUUGGGGCUUCAUUCAAGUAGUCCUGAUGUAGAACUGGAUGAUGAAUGGGAUGGUUACUUUCAGUCAGCUGAAUGGGAUGCUUACUUUCGGUCAAUGCUAGGAGGCAAAAUAAAUCCUUCUUUGAUCGAGUUGAAACAUCUCAGUUUCCUAGACUUAAGCAACAACGACUUUAGAGGCUUGGCAAUUCCUGAAUUCAUUGGUUCGAUGAAGAGUUUGAUACAUCUUAACCUCUCUUUGGCAAAUUUCAGCAGAACAAUUCCCCAUAAUCUUGGAAAUCUCUCAAAAUUACAAUGUCUUGAUCUUGGAUACAAUUCCUUUUUUGAAGCUAAAACUCUUCAAUGGGUUUCUGGUCUUUCAUCUCUGCAAUAUCUUGAUUUGAGUCAUGUAGAUCUUGGUAAAGCAAUUGAUUGGCUACAGGCAACAUACAAACUUCCUUCUUUGGUGGAGUUACACUUGUCAGAAUGCUCUUUAAAUAAUGAUCCAUCUCCAAUCAGUGUUAAUUACACAUCUCUUACUGUUCUUGACCUUUCCAGAAACAUGUUGUCUUCAGUGCCUACAUGGAUAUUCAGUGUUUGUAGCCUUGUGUCCAUUGAUCUUAGCCUUAAUGGAGCUGAAGGUUUGAUUCCCAAUGGUUUUCAAAAUCUGUCUUCUCUCAAAUUUCUUGAUCUUAGUUGGAAUUCAUUCUCUUCAUCAUCGACACUCAGCUGGUUGUCUAAUUUAAACCAACUUCAAUUCCUUGGUCUUGGUGAUGUCGGCCUGAAAGGUAAUUUUCCAAGUGCUAUUGGAAACUUGAGCUCUCUUACUCAUCUUGAUGUUUCACGUAAUGGAAUUGAUCAAGAGGUAUCAGAAAUCAUAGAAAGUUUGUCUAGAUGUAGUUUGGAUCGAUUAGAGUCAUUAAAUAUUGCAUCUAACAAACUUUCUGGCCAUUUACCUGAUCAACUUGGCCAAUUUAAAAAUUUGGCAUACCUUUUCCUUUCUAGAAACUCCAUUUCUGGUCCUAUUCCAUUCUCAAUAGGGAAGUUGCCAUCAUUGAAACUUCUUGAUGUUUCAUGCAAUCAAUUGAAUGCAACUCUUCCUCAAAGUUUAGGACAACUUAGGAAUUUGGAACAUUUAGACAUUAGCAAUAAUAUGUUGGAAGGAAAUCUAUCAGAAAUGCACUUUUCUAAGCUCACGAGAUUGAGAUUAUUUUGGGCAUCUAACAACAUGAUAACGUUUAAACCAAAUCCAAGUUGGAUUCCUCCUUUUCACUGUGAAAGUAUUGAAUUGCGUAACUGGCAUAUUGGUCCGCAAUUUCCUCAGUGGCUACAAUUCCAAAAGAACUUGUCUCGUUUAGAUAUCUCCCAUGCUGAAAUUUCAGGUGUCAUUCCCACUUGGUUUUGGAGCCUUUCGACUCAAUUUGAAUAUCUAAACCUUUCCCAUAACCAUCUAGUCGGGGGGAUUUCAUAUUUACCGAAGAGUAGGACAGUUGACUUGAGGUCCAACCUACUCACAGGUCCAUUGCCACGAGCAAUUUCACAUUUGGAGUUUUUAUUUUUGUCUAAGAAUCUAUUUUCAGGAUCCCUUUCUAAUAUUCUUUGUAAUUCCUCAACUAAACUGGAAACUUUGACCAUUCUUGACAUUGAAUCAAAUCUUCUGUCAGCUGAAAUUCCAGAUUGUUGGGAAAAUUGGCAAAUGUUGGAAGUCUUAAAUUUAGGAAACAACAAUCUAACUGGGAAAAUACCUAGAUCCUUGGGAUCUCUGUGUUUUAUUAUCUUUUUAAACCUUGGUAACAACAGCUUGUUUGGAGAAGUUCCAUCCACAUUGCAGCAUUUUGUCUAUAUGCGUGUUCUUGAUCUUAGUGAAAAUCAAUUGACGGGAAGUAUUCCAGCAUGGAUUGGAGACAAGCUCUCAAACCUCGUGGUUCUAAACCUUCGUUCAAACAACUUUCAAGCCUAUAUUCCUGAUCAAAUUUGUGCUCUUUAUUCUCUUCAUGUCUUGGAUCUUGGUUAUAACAACAUUUCAGGAGCUAUUCCAAAAUGUUUUAGUAACCUAAAACACUUGGACCAAAACAUUCAUGGCUGGGUUUACCAAAUUGACUCUGACAACAUGUUCUAUUUAGAUGCAUUAUUGGUGAGGAAAGGAAGAGAGGAUGAAUACAGUACCACACUAGGACUUGUUACCGGCAUAGACCUAUCAGUAAACAGUCUCACAGGAGAGAUCCCCAAAGAACUUGGCAAUCUCACGUGGCUGCAGUCAUUAAAUUUGUCAGGGAAUCUCCUUACAGGAAAGAUACCAGAGAACAUUGGCAAUAUGAAGUUGUUGGAAUCUCUUGACUUGUCGAUGAACCGAUUGCAUGGUGAAAUCCCUUCAAGUUUCUCCAAUUUGAAUUUCUUGAAUCACUUGAACUUGUCCUACAACAACUUGACAGGACAAAUUCCAUCAGGCACCCAGCUCCAAAGCUUUGAUAAGUUUUCUUACAUUGGCAAUCAUCUUUGCGGACCUCCAAUCACUAAAAUUUGCAGCAGAAAUGGCGAAACACAUGAAAUUACAAAUGGAGAUAGCAGUGAAGGAAGGCACAGGUCUAAGGUGAAUUGGCUUUAUGUGAGCAUAGUGGUUGGAUUUGUGAUGGGGUUUUGGGGAGUAGUGGCUCCCCUAUUUUUCAUCAGGUCUUGGAGGUAUGCUUACUAUAAAAAACUAGAGCAUAUUGGAGACAAGCUAUACGUGUUUUGGGCUACUAUUGGUAUGUAA